AUGGAGCGACGCGCUCUCCUCGCCGGGCCGCCUCGCGGGCGCAGGGCGUGGGGCACGAGGGGCGGCCCGUCCCUGCGGGCGCCCGGCUGCGCGGCGCUGUGCUCGCUGCUGCUGGCGCAGGUGGCGGUGCAGGCACCUGCGUGCUCCGUGGGACCCGCGCUGACCUCGCCGGGGAGCCCGAGCGUCUGGCGUCCUCCAGGCUCCGCGGCGCGGACGGACUGGAUGGAAAAAGGCGAAUAUGACCUGGUGUCUCCCUAUGAGGUUGACCACAAUGGAGACUAUGUGUCCCAUGAAAUCACGCACUCUCGGAGGAGGAAGAGGGGGCUGGCCCCGCUCAGGGUAGAGUCUCUCCACCUUCGGCUGAAGGGCUUCAGGCACGACUUCCACGUGGAGCUGAAAGCUUCCAGCAACCUGGUGGCUCCCGGAUUUAUCGUGCAGACACUGGGGAAGGGAGGCACGAAGUCCGUGCACACCUUCCCGCCUGAGGAUUUCUGUUUCUAUCAAGGCUCCUUACGAUCCCACAAAAACUCCUCGGUGGCUCUCUCAACGUGCAAAGGUUUGUCUGGCAUGAUAAGAACACAAGAAGCAGAUUACUUCCUAAAACCACUUCCUUCCCACCUGGCGGGGAGACUGCAGGACCCUGCCCAGGCUGGGUCUCCCUCCCACAUACUGUACAAGAGAUCGGCAGACGUGCGGGCUCCGGGGGCUGCCCAGGCCAUCAUGACAGAGAGGGAUCGGGAGCUGGGGAAUCCGGCCCUGCACGGCAGCUCCGACCUCCGGCACCCAUCAAAGCAGCAUUUCUGCGGAAGGCGCAAGAAACACAUGCCCAGGCCUCCCAGGGGGGACCUCUUCAUCCUGCCGGACGAGUACGCGCCUCGCUGGCGGCACAAGCGCUCACUCCUGAAGUCCCACAGGAACGAAGAGCUGAACGUGGAGACGCUGGUGGUGGUCGACAGGAAGAUGAUGCAGAACCACGGGCACGAGAACGUCACCACCUAUGUGCUGACCAUACUCAACAUGGUAUCUGCUUUGUUCAAGGACGGAACGAUAGGAGGAAACAUCAACAUUGCAAUUGUAGGUCUGAUCCUUCUGGAGGAAGAACAGCCGGGGCUCGUGAUAAGCCAUCACGCUGACCACACCUUAAGCAGCUUCUGCCAGUGGCAGUCUGGGUUGAUGGGCAGAGACGGCACGCGCCACGACCAUGCCAUCUUGCUGACGGGUCUGGACAUAUGUUCCUGGAAGAAUGAGCCAUGUGACACCUUGGGAUUUGCGCCCAUAAGUGGAAUGUGCAGUAAAUACCGCAGCUGCACAGUUAAUGAAGACACGGGUCUUGGACUGGCCUUCACCAUCGCCCACGAGUCUGGACACAACUUUGGCAUGGUCCACGAUGGAGAAGGGAACGUGUGCAAAAAGUCUGAGGGCAACAUCAUGUCCCCCACGUUGGCAGGACGCAACGGGAUCUUCUCCUGGUCACCCUGCAGCCGCCAGUACCUGCAGAAAUUCUUAAGCACUGCCCAAGCGCUGUGCCUCGCUGAUCAGCCGAAGCCGGUGAAGGAGUACAAGUACCCUGAGAAGUUGCCGGGAGAGUUAUACGACGCCAACACUCAGUGCAAGUGGCAGUUUGGAGAGAAAGCCAAGCUCUGCAUGCUGGAUUUUAAAAAGGAUAUCUGUAAAGCCCUGUGGUGCCACCGGAUUGGAAGGAAAUGUGAGACUAAGUUUAUGCCUGCAGCAGAAGGCACUAUUUGUGGACAUGACAUGUGGUGCCGUGGAGGACAGUGUGUCAAAUAUGGUGAUGAAGGCCCCAAGCCCACCCAUGGCCACUGGUCAGACUGGUCUUCCUGGUCCCCUUGCUCCAGGACCUGCGGAGGAGGGGUGUCUCACAGAGACCGCCUGUGCACAAAUCCCAAACCAUCGCACGGAGGCAAGUUUUGUGAGGGCUCGACUCGUGCGCUGAGGCUUUGCAACAGUCAGCAGUGUCCGCACAACAGCGUUGACUUCCGCGCGCUGCAGUGUGCCGAGUACAACGGCAAGCACUUCCGAGGACGGCGCUACACGUGGAAGCCGUACACCCAAGUGGAAGAUCAGCACUUAUGCAAACUCUACUGUAUCGCAGAAGGAUUUGAUUUCUUCUUUUCUUUGUCAAAUAAAGUCAAAGAUGGGACUCCAUGCUCGGAGGAUAGCCGUAAUGUUUGUAUAGAUGGGAUAUGUGAGAGAGUCGGAUGUGACAAUGUCCUUGGGUCCGACGCUGUGGAAGACUCCUGCGGUGUGUGCAGGGGCAAUAAUUCAGACUGCACGACUCACAAGGGGCUGUACGCCAAGCCCCAAGGCGCCAACCAAUAUUACCAGAUGGUCACCAUUCCUCCUGGAGCCCGGAGUAUCCGCAUCCGUGAAAUGAAUGUGUCUACCUCCUACAUCUCUGUGCGCAACACCUUCCGAAAAUACUACCUUAACGGACACUGGACGGUCGACUGGCCUGGCCGGUACAAGUUUUCAGGCACCACGUUCGACUACAGACGGUCCUCCCAUGAGCCGGAGAGCUUAACCUCGUCUGGGCCAACCAACGAAACCCUGGUUGUGGAGCUCCUGUUUCAGGGAAGGAACCCGGGCAUUGCCUGGGAGUACUCUGUGCCUCGGCUACGGGGGGAGAAGAAGCCCGGCAGCCAGCCUCGCUACACGUGGGCCAUCAUUCGGUCCGAGUGCUCCGUGUCCUGUGGUGGGGGGCAGAUGACCACGAGGGUGGGCUGUUACCAAGACCUGAGGUUUCAAGUCAACACAUCAUUCUGCAGUCCCAGCACCCGACCUGUCACCGGGGUGGUGUCCUGCAAAGUGUCUGCCUGUCCUCCCAGUUGGUCGGUGGGGAACUGGAGCUCCUGCAGCCGGACGUGCGGUGGGGGCGCUCAGAGCCGGCACGUCCAGUGCACACGACGGGCCAACUACGUGUCGGAGCGGGUGGCGGCCAGCCUGUGUCCGCAGCCCGUGCCCUCCAGCCGACAGGCCUGCCACUCUCAGAGCUGCCCGCCCGCCUGGAGCACCGGGCCCUGGGCAGAGUGCUCUCGAACCUGCGGGAAGGGACGGCGGAAGAGGUCCGUGGCCUGUAAGAGCACCAGCCCUUCCGCCAGGGCGCCGCUGCCGCUGCCGGACGCCGCCUGCAGCGCGGAGCCCAAGCCCAGGACUCACGAGGUCUGUCUGCUCAAGCAGUGCCACAAGCACAAGAAGCUGCAGUGGCUUGUGUCUGCCUGGUCACAGUGCUCGGUUACAUGUGAAAGAGGAACACAGAAAAGAGUCUUAAGGUGUGCUGAAAAGCACGUCUCUGGGAAGUACCGAGAGCUGGCCUCCAAGAAGUGCUUGCACCUGCCGCAGCCCGGCGUGGAGCUGGAGCGGGCCUGCGCUCUGUUUCCCUGCCCCCGGCACCCCCUGCAGGCCGCUUCCGGCCCCCCUCGAGCCGGCUGGUUUGCCGCACCCUGGUCUCAGUGCACGGCCAGCUGUGGGGGCGGCGUGCAGACCAGGGCCGUGCAGUGCUUGGCAGGGGGCCGGCCGGCCCUGGGCUGCUUCGUGCACCGGAAGCCCACCGCCUCCAUGGCCUGUAACACCCACUUCUGCCCCAUUGCAGAGAAGAAAGAUGGCGUCUGCAGAGACCACUUCCCCUGGUGCUCGCUGGUGCCCCGGCACGGGAUGUGCAGUCACCAGUUUUAUGGGGAGCGCUGCUGCAAGACGUGCUCCGGCUCCAACCUGUGA